AUGGCGGCCCAUCACGAGCCUCUGCGGGCAAUGGGGCCGAUCGAGUGGGACGACGUCCCCGUUGGCAACCUCAAGCCGUUCAUGGACGAGGUCUUCAUCGAUGCCCAGACCGUCGCCGAAUCCGUCCCAUCGCCAACGACCGCCACGGCCACUGGAGCGGCGGCGACGUCAACGGGUGCCGUGUUCGAACAGGCCGAGAAGGCGUAUUCGCAGCGGGAGGCGGGAUCUUCGCUUGCCAUGGCCCAGAAGUUGCGCAAGGAGUGGAAGGAGAUCAAGAUGAACCAGAAUAACCCGUUGAACAUCAGCGUCUAUAAGCUUGGGGCCAAAGACGGCAGGGGAGCGUGGUUUGCGCGGAGGAGCGUCCAUCACGGCUUGACGUUUGAGGAGUGGAAGAAGGGCAUGGAGAUGGAGUUUCCCGAGACACUCAAGGUACAGGGCUCGCCGGGCAGUGGUAAUAUUCGAGGCGUCGGUGCGGAUAGGCAGGUUGAGAGUCAAGAGGUUGAGAACUCGGGACAUAUGAGUGUUUUCCAGCUCUCGGCUCAAUUCCCUGGACCCACGGCGCCGAGAGACUUCAUCACGCUACUACUUACGACUGACUUUGAAUACAAACCGGCGGAUCAGGAGAAACCUCUACGGCAACAUGUCAUUGUAUCGAAACCAUGCAAUCAUGAAGAGUGCCCUCCCCGAACGGGAAUCAUCCGCGGCUCCUACGAAUCUGUCGAAAUGAUCAGAGAGGUGCCCAUUGAGAACGGCACUGCAUCAAAGAUAUCAUUAUUGUCGUCAGACCCAGGCUCCGAGGAGGUUCGAAGCUCUAGCUCGGAUUCACGGGAGCAUCAGUCCGUGGCUAUCGAAUGGCUCAUGGUCACGCGAAGCGACCCAGGUGGCAGCGUGCCGCGCUUCAUGGUUGAAAAGGGCACUCCGCCCGGAAUUGUUGGAGAUGCCGGCAAAUUCGUCAAAUGGAUAACAGCAAUAUCACUGCUAAGCUCCAAAAGUGGCGAAAGCCUUCCCGAAGCAGUGAGCCCUGCAAAGCGAGACGAAGAAGAUGCAACGCUUCAUGAGAAUGGGAGCCCCCCAUUACCUCCCAGGCAUAAACCGAAACCCAGUGUCGAUUCCAAGAAACGAGAAGAAAUAGAAGCUGCGAGAAGAGAAUCGGUACAAAGCAUUCCUAGUAGCAAUGGUAUAUACGGCAUCAUAAGCGGAGUGUUUGAAGCCGCAUCAUCCGUCGUCGCCAGUGGACUGCGAGGCACGCUAGGCAGUCCGGCCGAGAGCAACACCAGCCUAGACGACUUGGAAUCCAGGGCCGCAGAAGAGCACGAAACGGAUAACGAUAUGACUGAUCUAAGCGAGACUUCUUCCAUCAGAACAUUUAGAUCAGCACUCGAAAGAAGCAUGACUGAAGAAAAUCGAUCCAAGAGCGUGGCAGGCAGCCAUAAUUCCGAUGAAUCCAAGACUCAAGGGAAACAGUUACUAGAGAAAGAACUGAGGAAGCUCCAGGAGAAGCGGCGAAAGCUAGAUGAGAAAGCCGCCCACAUGCAACAGCGCUUGGAAAAGAAACACCGCGGCGGCAAGGAAAAGGACGAAACAGCGAUCGCAAAGAUGCGAGAGAAGCACGAAAAGGAGAUUGCAAAGCAGGAAGCCAAAUACAGGCGGGAGCUGCAAAAGCUAGAAGACAAGCGUGUUCACGAGGAGCGUAAAGCAGAGGCCCGCAGACGCAAGGCGAUUGAGCGGGAGGAGAAGAUGAACCUGACGAUGGAGCUGGAGAAGACUAGGGCGGAGAGAGACGUUGCGCUGAAGGAGGUUGAGAUUCUCCAGUCGCAGGUCGGGCAGCUUCAGGCGCAGAAUACCAUGUUAGCGGCCAAGAUGGGACGGUUGAGCGGGCUUGAAGGGGCUACUGCUUCGUCUUCCAGGGGCUCGGGGAUAGAGAGCAUCAAGGGGUGA